CAACUGCUUUCAAUCACCCGAACGAAUUCCGAGUCGCUGCUCCACAAACCUCCGACACUUCGCGCCGACUUCGUGCCGGCGGUUGGAGCCGGGUGAACCAAUGAGGCGUCAAAGCGGCACGGAGGAUUGAUUUAUUCAGCGCGAACAGAAGAAAGGCUUUGAAAAAAAUGCUAAUAAAGGUGCUUUCUGGGUUCUGAGGGAAUGGAGAGCCUGAAGUAAUGGAGAACCGAGAGGAAAGUCCUGCAGAUGAGCAGGCGCCCACACUGCCGGAGCGAGGACUUCUCCACAUCUGGCAUCCAGCGGGCUUCAAUGAGCAGCUCUGCCCGGAGAGAGUGCUGCUGUCCCGGUCUGUGCUGCAGGUCGCUCUGGGAGAACAUCAUGGCCUCCUGUUGGCACAGGGUGGUCAGGUGUAUUCUUUCGGAGAGCUGUUAUGGAGGGACCUGAGCAUCCCGGUGUCUGCUCCGGUGCUGGAGGGCUCUCUGCUGGGGAGGACGGUGGUCCGUGUGGCUGCUGGCGGCUUCCACUGCGGAGCACUGAGUGAGCAGGGCAGCGUCUACAUGUGGGGAGAGAAUACUGCUGGACAGUGUGGGCUGACGGAGAGGGGCACGGUCACAAACAUCACAGUUCCAGAGCCCAGUCCAGUCAGCGUGGUGGACAGUGAGGUCGUUCCUCCCGCGGUGGUGCGGGUCGUGGAUCUCGCCUGUGGACGAGAGCACAGCCUGGCGCUGUCGGCCCAGAAUGAGCUGUGGGCGUGGGGUAGUGGCUGCCAGCUCGGCCUGGUCACCAGCACCUUCCCCGUGUGGAGACCACAGAAGGUGGAGCACUUGGCAGGCAGACAUGUGAUUCAGGUGGCUUGUGGUGCAUACCACAGCCUGGCCGUUGUUCGCAGUUUACCUCCUCAGGACUAUAAUACCCAGAAUCCCCCUAAGAAGAGGGAGCGGGGGCAGUCACCACACUGCUCACUGACGGAGAAGGAGGAGCUGCUCACAGCGGAUGAGGCUCACUACUGUCCGCUCGGGGUGGAGCUGACUGAGGUCAUGAAAAAUGAGACUUCUCCCAGAAGACGAGGGCACAGACAAAGGCUCCGUCCUGGGGGAGUGUCAGCUGGUAGCAGCCCCGGCUCUGGAGCCAGUUCAUGCUCUUAUUCUGAAGAUGGCAAACCUGCCACUAAACAAAAGAGUAGCUCCAGGCUUGGGCUCGACGAACACACUGAGCCCGUAACCCAGACCGAUGGCAGCCCCAAAGCCCACACGCUGUCAGGCUGGAGGUCCAACAAGAACUCGGCCUUCACUAAUGAGCUGGAGCUUCAGAACCUCCUUGAGAAGCUCUCUGGUCAGACGUUGGAGGCGCAUCACACUACAUGGACAGGAGAUACCGACUCACUGAGCAGCCACACUUCAGACGACAGCUACGUUUCCUCAACUCCCUCCACGGAUAUGUUGACUUCCAGUUACAAAGAAGAUUCAGCUAUUAGGAGACAAACCAAUAAUAACAGCGCACCGUCAGGGCCGUACUCUUCCUCCCCAGUGUGCUUGGAAGAAGUUCGGCUGUGUCUGGAGAAGGAGAAGCAAGCUCUGCAGGGUCAGAAGAGCUCCAGUCUCACAAAUAUACACCAGAAGGGAAAAGCAGCAGCGAGCAGGAGACGCUCACUUCCUGGAACACCCACCCACGCUUCGUUCAGCUCACUGCUCGUUAGUUUGGAGGUUUUUAUGAGCUGGUUCCAGAGAGGCUCAGUAAGCCAACUCCAGCCGCUGUGCAUCAAGUCUUUAACAGGCGAGGAGGUGAUUAAAGUCGCUGCUGGGUCGCACCAUUCGCUGGCUCUCACCGCUCAGUGCCAGGUGUACUCGUGGGGCAGCAACAUGUGUGGACAGCUUGGUCAUGUCAACAGUCCUGUCACUGUGCCUCAGCAGGCCAAGCUGUCCGACGGUCUUCGCGUUUGGAACCUAUCAGCUGGCCAGAGCCACUCGCUGCUCCUAGCCGAUGGCGACUGUGUUCAGCCAGUGCUGCUGUACUGCGGCCAGCAGCAAGAGUCAGCGCAAAGUGAAAGAGGACAACUGAGCCAGAGGUCACCCAGAAGGUCGGAGAGUUUUACCGUCAGACCCACCCUGCUCCCCUUCUGCAUUGAGAUGGGCUACAUCAGCAGUGUGUGCAGCGGUGGUCAGACCUGUACAGUGCUGACGGACCACAACGUCAUGGGUUUCAUCUCCGCCAUCCAUGAGCUGGCCUCCAGGGAGAGACAGUUCUACUGCUGGCUGAGCAGCAUCAGGAAGGUCCUGCUCACUCCAGUGCGUAACAGAGAGAGUGUGUGUCCAGCGUUAGGCGAGCAGUGCACUCAUCUCUUCUUCUCUCUCUGUGAGAGCUUUGUUCACUUGAGCACCCUGAUUGGUCGACACGCCACGUCACUCAGCUACUUCCUGCAUGACGUUCAGGGUGGUGAUGUCACUUCUCUGCCCUUGCUGACACACACUGAGUUUUUCCUGGACACUUACAAAAAGUAUUGUUCUGCACUCGGUGACUUCCAAGUAAUGGGCGGCUUCCAAUCACUUCAUAAACUCUCACUCGAGUGUUUGGGCUCUCAGUGGACUCAGCUCGCUCAGCUGUGUGUGUCAGACCAGCCCGUCAGUGGCGACGUUGAUCUGGUCUCACUGCUGUACUGGCCUCUGCAGCAGCUCCACCAGUACAGCCGAGUCCUGCUCAAACUGGCGUCCUGCUACGAUGUGUUAACUGUAGAGUAUCAGUCGCUCCAUCAGGGCUUCAGUCAGUUCGAGUCCCUGUCUUCAUCCCUGCUGAGAAGGAAAAAGGAGGCUGAAACCACCUUCAUCUUCUGGAAGACCCACUCUGGCAAAACCACAGAGGUUCUGCGUCUCCCACGGCGCCGUGUGGUUUGUGAGAGCAGCAACAGAUCUCUGACUCUUCAGAACGCCGGUCGCUUCUCCAACCACUGGUUCAUACUGUUUAAUGAUGCACUGGUGCACACACAGGGUACGAUUCCCUCUCAGAACUUUUUCUCCACGCAUCACAUCUAUCCUUUGACUUGUUUGUGGGUGAAACCAGUCACUGAAGACAGCAGCAGCGGACUCUACGCCAUCAAAGUAACAUGUCCAGAGGAAAGUUUCACCCUGGUGGCCUCAACGCCACAGGAAAAGAACAAGUGGCUCAGAUCUCUGAACCAGGCGGUGGAUCAGGUGCUGGGCGGUGGAGGUCAGGGGUCGUCGCCCGGGGUGACCGCGAUGUCCCGCAAGGCCUCCUACACGUUCACCGGAGAUGAGCGGUUCAGAGACGCUCAGUACACCGGCAGCUGGCUCGCGGGCCGGGUUCACGGCAGAGGAACCAUGAAGUGGCCCGAUGGACGGAUUUACACCGGGAACUUUAAGAACGGACUGGAGGACGGCUAUGGAGAGUGUAUGAUACCCAACAAAGUGCUCCAUAGACCAGACACCUACCAAGGACAGUGGAGAGAGGGCAAGAUCCAUGGUUUCGGCAAGUACAAGUAUGCCAACGGCGAGGUGUACGAGGGCUGCUUCUGCGAUGGGCAGCGCCACGGCUACGGCAUGCUGAGCUCCGGUAAACUGGCCAGGACGUCCUCCAGCGUUUUUAUCGGCCACUGGGUUCAAGACAGGAAGACGGGAUACGGCGUCUACGAUGACAUCACCAGAGGUGAGAAGUACAUGGGACUGUGGCAGGACGACCAGCGGCAUGGCAGCUCCGUGGUCGUCACCCAGUACGGCGUGUACUAUGAAGGAACAUUUAGAGAGAACAAGAUGAGUGGUCCAGGUCUGUUGGUGUCAGAGGACGACACGGUUUUUCACGGGGAGUUCUCUGACGACUGGACUGUCAACGGGAAGGGUGUUCUGACCCUGCCCAACGGCGACUGUCUGGACGGCCUGUUCAGCGGCGAGUGGAACGCCGGGCUGAAGGUGGUCGGGACGUACACCAAACCAGGCGUCUGUGAAACUGACAGCAAAGACACAAACCGCCCGCACAGGUUGGGUCAGUACGUGAUGCCUGCAGCUCAGCGGUGGACCUGCGUGUUUGAUGAGUGUUGGAGUCGGCUGGGCUGUGAAGCUGCUGGCAGAGGAGACAGAACCACAGCCUGGGAGAACAUCGCUGUUACGAUCACGACUGCACGACGACAGAGCCCAGACCUCAGCAGGUCUCACACCAAAGUGCUGGAGAGUCUGGAGUUUAUUCCUCAGUAUGGAGAACCAGUCACUACUGCAAACUAUGACAGCAUACGAAGAUACCUCACGAAGGCGUGUGAGACGCCCCACCACCCUCUGGGCUGGCUGGUGGAGACGCUGGUCACGGCCUACAGGAUGACCUACGUCGGCGUGGGGUCCAACCGCAGGCUGAUCCGGCAGGCGGUCCAAGAGGUCCUGGCCUACCUCACACACUUCUACAGCAUCGUCAGGUUUCUGUUUCCCGGGUUACCAGAGGACGGCGGUGUGAUCCCAGAACCUCCUUCCUCUCCAACCAGAAGUCGACACAACUCUAACAGAGCAGAGUACGACUCUGUGGUGGUGGUGGUGAGCUGCUCCUCUCUGCUCCUCCCUCUGCUGCUCCCCCGGCUCUAUCCUCCUCUCUUCACUCUGUACUGUCUGCAGGAGGAGCAGGAGGAGGCCCAGUACUGGGACCGCAUCCUCCGACUCAACAAGCAGCCCGACCAGUCGCUGCUCAGCUUCCUGGGGGUGCAGGAGAAGUUCUGGCCGCUCUGGAUGUCGAUUCUGGGGGAGAAGAAGCAGAUCGUGUCCAGCAGUAAAGACGCCUGUUUUGUUUCUUCUGUGGAGACACUCCAGCAGAUCAGCACCACAUUCACUCCGUCAGACAAACUCGUGGUCAUUCAGAAGACGUUUGAGGAGCUGACCCAGGAGGUGAAACCUAUGCUGGACGGGAACUUCCUCUGGUGCAUGGACGACCUGUUCCCGCUCUUCCUCUAUGUGGUGCUCAGAGCGAGGAUCAGGAACUUGGGAGCUGAAGUCAGUCUGAUAGAAGAUCUGAUGGAUCCCAACCUUCAGCACGGAGAGAUGGGGCUGAUGUUCACGACACUGAAGGCCUGCUUCAUCCAGAUCCAGCAGGAGUCGACUGCAUAAGAACAGACAGGAAGUGACUUUACAGCUUCUGGACGUGGAAACAGCAGAAACCAGCCAAACUACCAGACACAGUGGAAGGAGGAGAGAGAGGUAUUCCUUCACCUUCUGCUGAACACAGGACGUCUGACGCUCAGCUCGCCGUGGAUCCUUCUGGUAUGUUUCUCCACAUCAGAGGUCACUGUUCAGAGGAAAGUAGCACAUCGCCCUCUUCUGGACGUAUCACAGAACUGCAGUAUCGUCUUCGUCGUGCUUUCGUAAAACAUCCGUUCAGUUUCCAUUUCGGAGUUCAGCAAAAUUCACAAAACUAUUUAAUGAACUUUUUCACAAAGGUGCAAUUUAUAUUAUUUUACAGUUUUUCCCUGAAUGGGAAUUCAAUAGAUGUACAUUAAGGACGCCGUGAGAUGUUUUAAUGUACGUUUUCUGUUUCAUCUGCUUUCUGUGGAGCCUCUUGGCAACGAUAGCUGCUGGAUUACUGAAACAUGGAAGGUCAGGGCCUCAUAUAUAAAUAUUUCUCUACGUGCCAAAAUCACCUCAAAGGGAACUUAAACGUUUUAAAAGCUGUAGUCGCUGUUUAAUUUCACUGAAACCAACCAAGUAACGUGAUCGCAAGUAUUUUCUUAACAGCAGAUUAAGGCUUAAAAGUGGAGUCAGUGAUUCUAAUUCAACUCAGCGUUUGUUAAAUUCAGUUCAUAUCUCCUCACCGUCUGCCAGCUGUCUGGUCUGUGUGCACUGAAAAAUAACCCACUGUUCAGACACAGUAAACUGGAAACGAACACGGUGGCUCAGGCUGAUCCACACAAGCAUGUUCAGGAGCAAGAGGGAC